CACCUGGCGACGUGACGCUCGACCAAUCCCCUUCGAGCUCCUCAGGCCCCUUCGCCUUGCGCCGCCCCCCUCCUCACCCUGAAAGGCGCACCCUGUCCCAGCCGCUGAGCGCUCUCGCCGCGGAGCACCCUUCUGGUUUCUUCGUCUCGGACGGACGGACGUCGGAGCUCUUCUCUUCCCCUUAGCCAGACUUACUUUCCCGCCUCUCGAAAACUCCAGCUUCACUCUUCCUCCUCUCUUCAGCUCGCUCUUUUCCACUCCGUUCCCCUCCUCUCCCACGCCACAAAACCCACGUCCCCUUUCCUCUCUCCCAUCCCCUCCUCCCUCCCGGGACCUACUCCCUCCCCGGGACCCCCUUAAACUCUUCUUCCUCCCUCAUCUCAGAGACUCAGUCUCAGCGCUCCUGCUGUACUCGGUCUCCUGCUUCGGUUCUUCUCGAAGUCAUGGCAGGACCUGGAAGUUGGAGGGACAAGGAGGUGACAGAUCUGGGCCACUUACCGGAUCCAACUGGAAUAUUCUCACUAGAUAAAACCAUUGGUCUUGGUACUUAUGGGAAAAUCUAUUUGGGACUCCAUGAAAAAACGGGUUCAUUCACAGCUGUUAAAGUAAUGAAUGCCCGGAAGACUCCUUUGCCUGAAAUAGGGAGGAAAGUGCGAGUGAAUAAAUAUCAAAAGUCUGUUGGAUGGAGAUACAGUGAUGAAGAGGAGGAUCUCAGGACUGAACUCAAUCUGCUGAGGAAGUACUCUUUCCACAAAAACAUUGUGUCCUUCUAUGGUGCGUUUUUCAAGCUGAGUCCUCCUGGCCAUAGGCACCAGCUUUGGAUGGUGAUGGAGUUAUGUGCAGCAGGCUCAGUCACUGAUGUAGUGAGGAUGACAAAAAAUCAGAGUUUAAAAGAAGACUGGAUUGCUUAUAUCUGUCGGGAGAUUCUUGAGGGCUUAGUUCACCUUCAUUCACACCAAGUAAUUCACCGGGACAUCAAAGGACAAAAUGUGCUGCUGACUCACAACGCUGAAGUAAAAUUAGUGGAUUUUGGUGUGAGUGCCCAAGUGAGCAAAACAAAAGGAAGGAGAAAUAGCUUCAUUGGUACACCAUACUGGAUGGCCCCUGAAGUGAUUCAUUGUGAUGAGGACCCAAGACGCUCCUAUGAUUACAGAAGUGAUGUGUGGUCUGUGGGAAUCACUGCUAUCGAAAUGGCUGAAGGGGCUCCUCCUCUUUGUAACCUUCAGCCCCUGGAAGCCCUUUUCGUUAUUCUACGGGAAUCUGCUCCCACAGUCAAAUCCAGUGGAUGGUCCCAUAAGUUCCUCAAUUUCAUGGAAAAGUGCAUGAUAAAAAAUUUCCUAUUUCGUCCUACAUCUGGAAAUAUGCUUCAUCACCCAUUUGUUCAGACUAUUAAAAAUGAACGGCAUGUUGUGGAGUCAUUGACAAGCCAUCUUACUGGAAUCAUUAAAAAGAGACAGAAGAAAGGCAUACCUCUGGUCUUUGAAAGAGAAGCAGCUAUUCAGCAACAGAACAUCCCAAGGAGAUUCAGAGAACUUGCUUGCUCUCAUGAACUUCUGAGACUGCCAACUAACAGCACUUGUAGACCUCUUAAAGUCCUGACUGGAGAACCCCCUCAGCCAAGGUGGUUACCUGAUCCAGAAGAGCCACAACUCGAAGCACUUCAGCAACUGCAGGGGGAAGCUGGAGAGUUCAUGCCUCUACAUGCUGAGGACAAUACACCUGGGCCUGUACAGAUGCAGGCUCAGGCAUCACAGUGGCUACAAGAAGCAGCUCAGGUGUUCAAGCCACUACAGGCUCUGGCUAAGGCAACUUCACCUGUAUUAGUUCAGAUUCAGGAACCUCCCAGCCUAAGUAGAACAGCCCGGGUACGAGUGUUCAUGCCAUUCCCUACUCAGGAUAUAGAACCUAGUCCUUUAGAGGUACAGGUCCCCAUACCCAAAGAGCAGCAGGCCCAGUCUGAGGCAUUAGAAACAGGGCAGCCUGAAGAUCUAGACCAGGUACCAGAAGAAUUUCAGGGGCAAGAUAGAGCACCUGAACAGCAAAGGCAAGGCCAGGCUGCUGAACAACAGCAGGGGCAGAAUCAAGUUCCUGAGCAGGAUCCGGAGCAGAAUAGGGCACCUGAGCAGCCAGAGGUGCAAGAACCGGCUGUGGAGCCUCCACAAGCUGAGGUUGAGAAUAAGGAACCUGAGGUUAUACAAGUACAUGCCCAGGUGUUCCUGCCUUUAUUGUCACAGAACCAUCAUGUGCUCUUGCCUCUUCACCUGGACACACAGGUGCUAAUUCCAGUAGGGGAACCAAGUGAAGAGUCACCUCAAGCACAGGCCUGGGCUCCAGAGGUCUCACAGGCUGUCGGUGCAAUUCAAGCACUGAUAGAGGGAUUAUCAAGGGACUUGCUUCAAGCACCAAAUGCCUGUAUCUCAAAACCACUUGGUCCGCUGCAAAUCUUGAUGGAAAAUUUGUCGAUCAAUGAGUUUUACACUGAACCAGAACAGACACAGAAGAAAAAGUCAAGAAUUUCUAGUCUAAGGCAAGCACUGGCGAAAAGACUAUCACCCAGGAGGUUCAGGGCAAAGUCUUUAUGGAGAAUUGAGGAGUUUGAAUUUUCAGACUUAGAAACCAGCAGGAGACGGCGCCAGCGUAGAUGGGAGGAAAUCUUUAAUCAGCACGAAGAGGAAUUGAGACAAGUUGGAAAUAAUAAAGAAGAUGACUCAUCAGACAAUGAUGAAGUGUUUCGUUCUAUACAGGCUGAAGCCCAAAUAGAACCAUACGCUCCAAAUCCUACAGGAAAUGAGGUCCACGAGAGAUCUGCUUCUAUGCCUUGCAACCGGAAUCGUAAACACCGUGUGACAUUUUCUUCAAGUGUCUCUGAGAGACCUAUUUUUGAAGAUCAUCAGCCGAUGGACGUCAGACAUAGGAGUUCCCUCAAUGUUCACAAUUAUCAAGGAGCAGCAGAAUCAUCUUCUGAGGAGGAGAGUCCUGUGACUAGAAGGAGGUCCCAAUCAUCACCGCCUUAUUCUACUAUUGAUCAGAAGUUACUGAUUGACAUCCAUGUUCCAGAUGGAUUUAAAGUGGGAAAAAUAUCACCCCCUGUAUACUUGACAAAUGAAUGGGUAGGCUAUAAUGCACUCUCUGAAAUCUUCUGGGAUGAUUGGUUAAUUCCACAUGCACCUGUCAUUCAGCCACCUGAAGAAGAUGGUGAUUAUGUUGAACUCUAUGAUGCUGGUGCUAAUAAUUAUGAUGAUGAUGAUGAUGAUGAUGAUGAUGAGGAAGCUUCUAACGAUGAAGAUAUCUAUGACCGUGUCAAUGGCCAUUAUGACUGGAAUAAUCAGGUUGAUCAGGCAAAUGCCUAUAAAGUCCGUGAUGAAGGUGACUAUGAAGAUGGAUCUGGUCGUGACAGACGUGAUAAUUUUGAUGCUGGAACUAAUAGGCCAAGGGCAAGCCAUCACAGGCAGGGAAUAUUGAAGCGAGUUGGUAGUGGUGGAAGUAAUGCACAACAGGGAGCGUUCAGAGCCUAUAGAGGUGCUGAAGGGAAUGCUGGUGCUGCCUUUGGAGGCCAGGAUGGACAUAGAGGUAACAGAUACAGAGGAAUCCGUGAAGAGGAUGGAGCAUGUGGAUACAGUGGAGAAGCUUUCUCACAGGAAGAUGGUGCAGGACUGGAUCAACACAGUCUUCAGGAUUUUGAACAUGAACAAAUGGAUUCAGAUGAGACCUCAGACUCAAUUGCCUUGGAUGUCACAUCUCUCGCACUUGAUGGUGAGAAUCCCAAUAACAUAUCAGCAUCAUCAGCAACUGUGAGUUUUCCUAUCAUCCACUUACCUUCCGGAGGGUCUGCAUCUGAUAUUGACAUUGAGAGCGCCAACUCAUGUGACAAGCCACUAAUCUAUGUGUAUGACAAGGAGUUCACAUCUGAGAUCUGCUGUGGUUCUUUGUGGGGAGUCAAUUUGUUGCUGGGCACCCGAUCUAAUCUGUACCUGAUGGACAGAAGUGGAAAGGCAGACAUCAUUAAACUUAUAAAGCGAAGACCGUUCCGCCAGAUUCAAGUCGUGGAGCCACUCAAUUUGCUGAUUACCAUCUCUGGCCACAAGAACAGACUUCGCGUGUAUCAUUUGACUUGGCUGAGGAACAAGAUUCUGAAUAAUGAUCCAGAAAGCAAGAGAAGGCAGAAGGAAAUGCUGAAGACAGAGGAGGCUUGUAAAUCCAUUGAUAAGUUGACUGGCUGUGAACACUUCAGUGUCCUUCAACACGAAGAAACCACAUACAUUGCAGUUGCUUUGAAAUCAUCAAUUCACCUUUAUGCGUGGGCACCAAAAUCCUUUGAUGAAAGCACUGCUAUUAAAGUGUUUCCUACCCCUGAUCUUAAGCCAGUGACAGUUGACCUGGCUGUUGGUUCUGAGAAAACACUGAAGAUUUUCUUCAGCUCAGCUAAUGGAUAUCACAUCAUUGAUGCAGAAUCUGAAGUGAUGUCUGAUGUGACCUUGCCAAAUAACAAUAUCAUCAUUUUACCUGAUUGCUUGGGAAUUGGAGUGAUGCUCACCUUCAAUGCUGGAUCUGCCUCUGAGGAAGCAAAUGAACAACUCUUCAAGAAGAUCCUUGAAGUGUGGAGAGACAUACCAUCUUCCGUGGCUUUUGAGUGUACACAGAGAAUCACCGGGUCAGACCAAAAAGCUAUUGAAGCGCGCUCCCUGCAGUCCAGCAUCCUUGAGAAUGAGCUGAAGCGCAGGUCAAUCAAGAAACUGAGAUUCCUGUGUACCCGUGGUGACAAGCUGUUCUUUACUUCUAUCCUGAACAAUCACCACAGCCGGGUUUACUUUAUGACCCUCGGAAAACUUGAAGAACUCCAAAGAAGUUAUGCUGUUUAAAAGGUCCCGAUGAUGUCCUACAUUUACAUCCAUCACAUACAUGCAAUUACAUCCUAACAUUUCAGUUUUACCAUUAGAAACACUUUAACCAGAGGCUUUUUAAUAUAGCACAUAAUAGUUUCAAUGAGAAAUUCAGCUUUAUAAAUAAAGUUAACUCUAUAGCAA